AUGUAUUCUAAACUAGCAUAUGCAGAAACUGAUCGUUAUUUAAUGGCUAAAAUUGGAAAAACGAUCCAAUUGACACAUCGAAUAGUUGGAUUAGUUCAAGUUUUAGAAUGGAGUUGGAAAAUUGCUGCCGAGUAUUUACGAAUAAAUGGUUCGUUUACCGGAACUAUUUCCGAAGAUUUUGUAUCAAAUGUAUGUCAGAUCUUUAAAAACUUAUAUGGUGAACAUUAUGAUGAAAAACGUACAUUUGUGGUAUCGGUUGUAUCUGUUGAACGGGCUAUUAACAUUUCACAAGCACUUUUAGAACAAUAUAAAGUGAUUAUGCGAUUGGCAGAUGAUCCUGUUCGUGUUACAUCAACAAGUCCUAAUAAUCCACAGCAUAGUGCUAUGAAGCGUUUUAUUGUAAAUCGUAAAUUAGAAAAGUCCAAGUCCAAAUUUGGUGAACAUGUUCGUAGUAUAUUGUUAUUUAAGUCUGUAAUUUUUACAUCAACGACAUUAUAUAAAGCCUGUUCCGUAUUCAGGCACCAUUCUGGAAAUGUUAAAUCCGUUUUACAAGAAUUACUAAAAGUUGGUCUCAUUAUUGCAUUUGACAAUGGAACUGUUUCUUCUACGAAAAAAGCUAUAGUUUAUGCCAAGUGGUUGCCGAAUAUCACAAAUCCACUCGAAUGUCAACGUUUUGAACAAAUGUUAGCAUCAUUUGAUGAUGAUCGAAUUUCUGCAGAUUCGGUUAUUGCUUGCACCACUGCCGUUACAUUAUUACCACAUAAAGCAAGACCAAAACUAGUCGUGCUAAAUUAUUUAACGGGUGAUCGAUACUCUCGAUUACAGCUUGACUUUAAUGAAGAUCAUACAGUGUCGGAAAGUAAAGCUGAUGUUAGUGAUGCUGAUGAAGAAUCAAAUACUAGCACUGUUAUGCUCGACGGUAAUUAA